AUGGUACACUCAGACCAUCAGUCCUUUACCCUCAACGUGGACCCUGUGGGCGUGUCCGAAAGAGGUGGCUCCUCUGGCCGGGGCACAGCUCUGAGGGGCAGCUGUGAUUCUGAACUUGUCAUCUUCCUGAAUUGCUUCAAGAGCUAUGCGGACCACGGGGCUCACAGUGCAGAGAUCCUCAAUGAGAUGAGGGCACAGCUGGAAUCCUGGUGGAUGGCCCCUAUCCCCGGCCUAAGCCUUGAGUUUCCAAAGCAGGACACACCAUUCUUGGCACUGCUGUUUCGACUGGUGGCGUCUGAGGACCCCGAAAUUUGGAUGGACGUUCGCCUGGUGCCCGCUUUUGAUGCCCUUGGACAGCUCAGCUCAGGUGUCAAACCCAAGCCCCAGGUCUAUUCCACCCUGGUCAACAGCGGCUGUCGGCAGGGCGAGUAUGCUGCCUGCUUCACAGAGCUUCGGAGAGACUUCGUGAACACCCGGCCCGCCAAACUGAAGAACCUGAUCCUGCUGGUGAAGCACUGGUACUACCAGGUGAGGAUACCUUUGGAGACCCUGCCCCCAGUUUAUGCCCUGGAAUUGCUGACCAUCUUUGCCUGGGAGCAGGGCUGUGGCAAAGAUGCCUUCAGCCUAGCCCAAGGUCUCCGAACAGUCCUGGGCCUCAUCCACCAGUACCAGCACCUGUGUGUUUUCUGGACUGUCUACUAUGACUUCGAGGACCCUACAGUAGGGCAGUUCUUGCGGGACCAGCUCAAAAAACCCAGACCUGUAAUCCUGGACCCAGCAGACCCCACGUGGGACGUAGGGAAUGGUGCAGCCCGGCAGUGGGACAUGCUGGCCCAAGAGGCGGGGUCCUGCUAUUCCCACCCGUGCUUUCUACAAGUGCCUGGGAGCCCUGUACAGCCCUGGGAGGGACCGAUUUAUAACCAGCGGUUCCUGUGCAUGUGUCCUGUGGAACACAGAGAGGAAAAGGUGGAGAAAGACCCUGAUCAGAGGACCCCUGAAGACAGUGGGAACCUCAGUGCUGUGCACUCCAGAGCAGGAAGUGGCCAGCCCUCACAUCCAGCUCCCAGCCCCUCUGGGAUGGCCAGCAAUGCUCCUUCUAUGCCAGGGACAGUCUCAGAUCUGUCUCAGAUUCCUUCCAAGGAGCUGGACCGUUUCAUCCAGAACCACCUGAAGCCAAGUCCCAAGUUCCAGGAGUUGAUGAGCAAGGCCAUCGACAGCAUCUUACGCUGCCUCCGUGAAAACUGCAUCCACAAGGUUUCACGCAUCAGCAAGCUCAAAAUCCUGUACAGCUCCCAGAGCACAGCGGUCCCCAGCCUGGAGGAUUGGGCCUGGUUUGUGUACCACCUUCACGAACUCCCUUAUGCCACACUGGCCCCUUGA